GUGACAAUUACCCGCUGGUUUUUCUCAACCAACCACAAAGACAUCGGAACCUUGUACUUAGUAUUCGGCGCCUGAGCCGGGAUAGUCGGUACUGCCCUCAGCCUCCUAAUCCGCGCAGAACUAAGCCAGCCUGGAGCCCUCCUUGGUGACGACCAAAUCUAUAAUGUUAUCGUAACAGCACACGCUUUCGUAAUAAUUUUCUUCAUGGUCAUGCCAAUUAUAAUUGGGGGCUUUGGCAACUGACUAGUCCCACUUAUGAUCGGAGCCCCAGACAUAGCAUUCCCGCGAAUAAACAACAUAAGCUUCUGGCUUCUACCCCCUUCCUUCUUACUCCUCUUGGCCUCUUCCGGAGUAGAAGCAGGGGCUGGAACAGGAUGAACGGUUUACCCCCCUCUAGCGGGUAAUCUGGCCCAUGCCGGAGCAUCCGUAGAUCUAACUAUUUUUUCUUUACACCUGGCUGGAGUCUCAUCCAUCCUCGGGGCAAUUAACUUUAUUACCACUAUUAUUAACAUAAAACCCCCAGCCAUUACCCAAUACCAAACACCUCUAUUUGUCUGAUCUGUCCUAGUAACCGCUGUCCUUCUACUUCUCUCCCUCCCAGUCUUAGCUGCAGGAAUCACUAUACUUCUAACAGAUCGCAACCUUAACACCACAUUCUUUGACCCAGCUGGGGGAGGGGAUCCAAUCCUAUAUCAACACCUAUUCUGAUUCUUCGGCCACCCUGAGGUGUACAUCCUAAUUCUCCCCGGAUUUGGUAUGAUUUCCCACAUUGUUGCCUAUUACUCCGGCAAAAAAGAGCCAUUCGGGUAUAUGGGAAUAGCCUGGGCCAUGAUAGCCAUCGGUCUAUUAGGCUUUAUCGUCUGAGCUCACCACAUAUUUACAGUGGGCAUGGAUGUAGAUACUCGCGCCUACUUUACAUCCGCCACAAUGAUUAUCGCAAUCCCAACUGGUGUAAAAGUAUUUAGCUGAUUGGCCACCCUUUACGGAGGGUCAAUCAAAUGAGAGGCCCCCUUCCUGUGGGCCCUAGGCUUCAUCUUCCUAUUUACUGUUGGGGGCCUAACAGGUAUUAUUUUAGCCAACUCAUCCUUAGACAUUGUCCUUCAUGACACCUACUACGUAGUAGCACACUUCCACUAUGUUCUAUCUAUAGGAGCUGUUUUUGCAAUUAUGGGAGGCUUUGUCCACUGAUUCCCACUAUUCUCAGGAUACACACUCCACAGCACAUGAACAAAAAUCCACUUUGGAGUAAUAUUCAUCGGAGUAAACCUAACCUUCUUCCCACAACACUUCCUAGGACUAUCCGGUAUACCUCGGCGAUACUCUGACUACCCUGAUGCUUACACACUAUGAAAUGCAGUCUCAUCCAUCGGCUCAUUAGUGUCCCUAGUGGCCGUGGUAAUAUUCCUAUUCAUUCUUUGAGAAGCAUUCGCAGCCAAACGUGAAGUUCAAACCACAGAACUAACCGCCACAAAUGUCGAAUGACUCCACGGUUGCCCACCACCAUACCACACAUUCGAGGAACCUGCUUUCGUCCAAAUUCAACCCUGAAAACCGAGA